AGUGGGCGGGGCUCCCAGCUGCUGCCCACUCGGGGCUCGGCGGGGUUCUCCGCGGGGUCCUAGUGAGCGCCGCCCCGCCAGCAACCCUCCGGGGCAAGGACCGGCGCUCACUCGACCGUGAGGCUCACGGGUGCCCUGUGACCCCACAGCGGAGCUCGCGGCGGCUGCCACCCGGCCCCGCCGGCCAUGAGGCGCGUGCCUUCCCUGGUCCUUUUCUUCCUGGUCGCCCUUUGCAGGCGCGGGAACUGCCGUGUGGCCAAUGCGGAGGAAAAGCUGAUGGACGACCUUCUGAACAAAACCCGUUACAAUAACCUGAUCCGCCCAGCCACCAGCUCCUCACAGCUCAUCUCCAUCAAGCUGCAGCUCUCCCUGGCCCAGCUUAUCAGCGUGAAUGAGCGAGAGCAGAUCAUGACCACCAAUGUCUGGCUGAAACAGGAAUGGACUGAUUACCGCCUGACCUGGAACAGCUCCCGCUACGAGGGUGUGAACAUCCUGAGGAUCCCUGCAAAGCGCAUCUGGUUGCCUGACAUCGUGCUUUACAACAACGCCGACGGGACCUAUGAGGUGUCUGUCUACACCAACUUGAUUGUCCGGUCCAACGGCAGUGUCCUGUGGCUGCCCCCUGCCAUUUACAAGAGCGCCUGCAAGAUUGAGGUGAAGUACUUUCCCUUCGACCAGCAGAACUGCACCCUCAAGUUCCGCUCCUGGACCUAUGACCACACGGAGAUAGACAUGGUCCUCAAGACGCCCACAGCCAGCAUGGAUGACUUUACUCCCAGUGGUGAGUGGGACAUAGUGGCCCUCCCAGGGAGAAGGACAGUGAACCCACAGGACCCCAGCUACGUGGACGUGACUUACGACUUCAUCAUCAAGCGCAAGCCUCUGUUCUACACCAUCAACCUCAUCAUCCCCUGCGUGCUCACCACCUUGCUGGCUAUCCUCGUCUUCUACCUGCCAUCCGACUGCGGCGAGAAGAUGACGCUGUGCAUCUCAGUGCUGCUGGCGCUCACAUUCUUCCUGCUGCUCAUCUCUAAGAUCGUGCCACCCACCUCCCUCGAUGUGCCUCUCAUCGGCAAGUACCUCAUGUUCACCAUGGUGCUGGUCACCUUCUCCAUCGUCACCAGUGUCUGUGUGCUCAAUGUGCACCACCGCUCGCCCAGCACCCACACCAUGGCACCCUGGGUCAAGCGCUGCUUCCUGCACAAGCUGCCUACCUUCCUCUUCAUGAAGCGCCCUGGCCCCGACAGCAGCCUGGCCAGAGCCUUCCCGCCCAGCAAGUCACGCGUGACCAAGCCCGAGGCCGCCACCACGUCCACCAGCCCCUCCAACCUCUAUGGGAACUCCAUGUACUUUGUGAACCCCGCCUCUGCAGCUUCCAAGUCUCCAGCCGGCUCCACCCCGGUGGCUAUCCCCAGGGAUUUCCGGCUGCGGUCCUCUGGGAGGUUCCGACAGGAUGUGCAGGAGGCAUUAGAAGGUGUCAGCUUCAUCGCCCAGCACAUGAAGAAUGACGAUGAAGACCAGAGUGUCGUUGAGGACUGGAAGUACGUGGCUAUGGUGGUGGACCGGCUGUUCCUGUGGGUGUUCGUGUUUGUGUGCGUCCUGGGCACUGUGGGGCUCUUCCUACCGCCCCUCUUCCAGACCCAUGCGGCUUCUGAGGGGCCCUACGCUGCCCAGCGUGACUGAGGGCCCCCUGGGUUGUGGGGUGAGAGGAUGUGAGUGGCCGGGUGGGCAGUUUGCUGCUUCCUUCUGGGUUGUGGCUGAUGAGGCCCUAAAUAAAUAUGUGACCAUUGGCCAUCAACCCCAUCAAACCAGCCACAGCGGUGGAAGAGGCAAGGAUGGGGGCCUGGACUGUCCUCUGUGAAUGCCUCGGAGGGAUCCCAGGAAGCCCCAGCAGGAGGGAGCUUCAGACAGUUCAAUUCUGGCCUCCCUUCCUUCCCUGCACCGGGAUAAAGAUGACAUCGUAGCAGCACCUACUAUGCCUCAGGCAUGGUGCCGGCCUGCCUCUCCAUCGCCAUCUCUCUCCAUUUCCCCUUGUCCAGUCCCUCACACACUUCUAGAUUCUUCCCAGCUCAGAGGCUUGGCAUUUGCCAUAUCAUCAUCUUUUUUUCUUUUAAACGGAGUCUUGCUCUAUCGCCCAGGCUGGAGUGCAAUGGUGCGAUCUCAGGUCAAGUGAUUCUCCUGCCUCAGCCUCCCAAGUAGCUGGGAUUACAGGAAGCCGCCACCACGCCCAGCUAAUUUUUGUAUUUUUGUGGGCCAGGCUGAUUUCGAACUCCUGACCUCAAGUGAUCCACCUGCCUCGGCCUCCCAAAGUGCUAGGAUUUCAAGUAUGAGCCACUAUGCCUGGCCUUCCCUAUCUUCUACCUGAACCUUCUUCCUCUUCCCCCAGGGCUUCCCAAGCUCUUUCCACAGCCACAUCAGUCAGGGCAUGGCUCAAUCCAUUCUUUGCUCCAAUGUCACCUCCUCUGAGAGGCCUUCCCUAACCACCCAUCCAUUCUAAAGCAGCCUCCCUACGGUCACGUUACCCUGCCUCCUUCCUCGAGCACCCCUCGGUACCUGCCGCUCUUAUCUGGUGGCAUGUAUGCCAUCCACAACUCACCCACUAGAGUGUGAGCUCCAUGAGACCAGGGACCUGCUCCUUCACAUUCAUGGUGGUAUCCCCAGGGCCUAGGACAGAGCUUGGCACACAGUAGGUGCUCAAUAAAUGUUUGUUGAAUGAAUGAAUGGCUCCUACCCCUCCUUCAAGUCCAGAUGCCCCUCCUCUGAGCAGCCAUCCCUAGUUCCCCCAUCUGAAAGGCACGGCCUGCUCCUCCAUGACUCUACGGCGCUGGUCACUUUCCACUUGUCUAUCGUGGCUGGGUUCAGGUCUGUCUCCGCACGGAUGCUCUGAUUCACUCCUCGCACAUACUGCCUUUUGCACAGUGCCUGGUAUGUAGUAGGUACCCAAAAUAUUUGUGGAAUUGAGGACGUUCUAAAAAAUUCUAUUUUAAAAAUUAUUAUACAAUAAAAUUGACUUUUAAAUAUAUAGUUCUAGGAAUUUUAACACAUGUAUAGAUUGGUAUAACCACCAUCACAAUCAGGACGCAGGAAAGAUCUGUCACGCAGAACAACUCCCUCCUGCUAUUUCUUUAGAGUCCUGACUCCCUGCACUCCUAGCCCCUGGCAACCACAUAUCUUUUCUCCAUCACUACAGUUGGGUCUUUUCAAGAAUGCCAUUUAAAUGAAAUCAUACAGUAGUGACCUUUGGAGACUGGCUUCUUUCACUCAGCAUAGUGUCUUCGAGAUUCAAUCAAGUUGGGUUUUUUUGUAUUGCUGAGGAGUGUUCAGUUGUAUGAUGUUGACGCACAUUUAGGCUCUUUCCAGUUUUUGGCAAUUAUGAAUAGAGCUGAUAAAAAGAUUCACAUAUAGGAUUGUGUAUGAAUAAAAGUUUUCAUUUAUUUAAACACUCAGGAGGGUGAUUGCUAGGUUAUAUGAUAAGUGUAUAUUUAACUUUAUAUGAAACUGUUGAGGCCGGGCAUGGUGGCUCACACCUGUAACCCUAACACUUUGGGAGGCCGAGGUGUUGGAUCACCUAAGGUCAGGAGUUCAAGACCAGCUUGGCCAACAUGGUAAAACCCUGUCUCUACUAAAAAUAUAAAAAUUAGCCAGGUGUGGUGGUGUGUGUCUGUAAUCCCAGCUACUCGGGAGGCUGAGGCAGGAGAAUCGCUUGAACCUGCGAGGCAGAGGUUGCAGUGAGCCGAGAUUGUGCCACUGGACUCCAGCCUCGGUGACAGAGCGAGACUCUGUCAAAAAAAAAAAAAAAAAAAAACAAAAGAAAGAAACUGUCAAACUUUUCUGGAGUGGCUAUACCAUUUUGCAAUCCCACCAAAGUAUGAGAGAGCCAGUUGUUCAGCAACUGGAUUCCACCCUGGCUUUAAUUUGCAUUUGCCUGAUGGCUAAUGAUUGGAACA